CCAGAAGCUGAGUUGCAGAUCGGCUGGUUCAUGCAGCCUCUGGGACGACAGAUGUGUUGAUGUCGGCCACCAUUACCCAAGGGGGAUGAACACCUAGCAAUCUUUGCUGCUGUGCCACCUUAAUAGCGCAACCGCCUCCAGCCAUGGUCGGUGGACUGGGAGCUGGGAAGCUUCGCGGACUUGUCCAUACUCUGAAUGGUCCGCUAUCAGCUCCGCCGGUUCUGUCGGACAACCGAUUGGGUGAUGAAUUGAGGCUCAAAAUCACCGGCGGUCGUGACCAUCAAGCUGUGCCAGAGAGCUAACCCACCGACCUUCUUUUGCCAAGUCGGCUGAGCCCGCAGUUGUAUAAAACUUCGAGCAGGACAAGUGCUACCUUAUCCCAUUGUGCAUGGGGUACCACGGUUCACUGUGCGCAAUUGCGGGAAGUCGAUAGCCCGAUGCCCGCCAAAAUGUUAAACCUCACUCUGCGUUCCACAAGCAGAGUGAUCGCGCACUCACAUGGCGUGUCAUCCGGUGAUAGGCUCAGCGCGGCGCCGCCUAUACGGCAUGUCCACUCGACUUGAUCUGCGACUGCGCACAAGUCCCGAGGCAGAGAAGCGGAAUUGCGGCGCGAACUUGGGUCGCAGUUACGGUGAGAGUCGACGUGAUGAGUGGUUUCCAUGCAACCGCCAACGGACACUUGCCCUCUUCCGGUUUCUUUCGAUUCCUGUGAGACGGCUUGUAGCGGGACCGGAACCGCGGCAGCCAGUCAGUGACGGACGAGCUGCAUGGCCAGAGCCUCGACCAAAAGUCCCCGAGUCACGUCUUGCGAAUUGGGUAUUCGAGGACCAGCGCAAGUGCGCCGUGACGGGAGGCAUGGAUUGGUCAGAGCCGGCGGUGCGAGGACUCGAGUCCACAGGAUCCGGCAGCUUGGAGACGACUGCGAUCGCCAUGAAACAAAUUCGUGUCGACACUCCGGUGGGUCGGCAAUGGAUGGCGUGCAGAGAGCUGGCGCAAAUGGGACAACGUACCAUCGGUCGCGCCCGCAUCCGUGCACAUGGUCGGAUCGGGCAGCAGGAGGAAAAAUCUACCCAAAAUAGGCGGGUGCGGUGUGAUGACGGGCAGAGGGCCGGGCCGAUGGAUGUAGGGUCGAUAGCGGGAAGAACCACACCCGAUUUGUUCAAGAGAAGGGAAGGAACGGCAAAGGGAAACCGCGACUCACCUCGAUACCAGGACCGUGACAUUUAAACCGGACCCCGUCCCGGAUUAAGUACCAAUUUCAUCCUCCAUUCUGCCCCAAACCGGCAAAGUUUCGCAGUUCCUCGGGCUCGUAAUUCACGUCCAGUGCUGGACGCUGCCCUCCCAGCCCUUGGGCAUCGGGUUGCCCAAGCUAGAAAUACUGCAUACGCAGUCCUUGGGACGCCUCGACCACCAUUCCAAACAGUCCAAACCAGCCCAGUCGAGUGUUUCCA